GGACUUUUCCAAAAGGGGCCUAGGCUUUUUACCAUUCACAAUCAGCACUCUUCACCGUUCUUCCCAGGUUCUACCAAAAAUUGUCUUAAGCCCUAAAACCCUAAAACAUGAAACGCGGAAAGUAUUCCCAACUCCAUGGCACUCCUAAUCCGACCCUUACGAAAAUCCGUGGUUUUUCCUCCUCCUUCCUCCAAAAUCGUAGUUCAGCAAAAACCCACUUUGCAUUUUGCCCCUGAAAAACAAGUCUCCCUCUUAAACCCCAGGCUCCUACCAACACAAUGCCUAAGCACUUACAUCUCUGAAAUGCUUCUUCAAUCGGCCUUCCAAUCAAACAUUCUCAGACUGUUACGCAAUGAGAUACAAUACGAAUUCGAUCGCUCUCCUCCUAAUCAGAGACACCUUGGUCAGACUCCCGAAACGCUUCAAACCCACGAUAUUACAACCAAGGAGACCAUUUUGCUCCAAGGCUCCGAAUACAAACACCACCACAAGCUAUAACCAGAGCGGUGGCAAUGCUGAGGAGACAAGUCUGAGUAGAUACCAGGACUCGCUUAAACAACUGGACAAGCUCGACUUCAUGAAAGCUGCAAAAAUCCUCUUCACUGGUCCACCUUCCAAAAGGAAGUUUGGCUGUGUAUCUGGUGGCUCAAUAUGCUCGCUACGAAAUCAGAAGAAUGGAAGCGCGUACACACACACACCCCACACACUGGGUUUCCUUUCUUUCCUCUCCUCACCAAAAUCACCAUCUCAGGAACUGGAGCAGAAAAAGAAGAAAGAAGAAGAAGCGAAAGCAAAAGAAAAAGAAAUAGAACUAAAGGCUGCUGAAGAAAAAGAAGCCUCUAAUCCGGAACUUUUGGAGGUAAGAGUGAGACUAGAUAAACUUGAAGAAACUCUGAAGGAAAUUGUGGUUGAAUCAAAGAAGCAAAUGAAUAGUGGCCAAACAAAAGAGCAUGAAGGAGGAAAGGAGAAGAAAGAUAUUGUAACAGAAGCAAGUAGCCGUAGUAGUUCAGAAUCUAGCAAGCCGGUUGAGAAAGAUCCUCUCAGUAAACAGGAUUCUGUAGAACCAGGACCAGCCCUCAGCAAAGAGCGGGUAGUAGGUCAGCACCCGGUUCCUAAUGCUCACUUGCAGGAUAAGGAGGGCAAGACCCCAGCUUCUGAAGAUGCUAAAAGAUGAAUUGAAGUUUUUUCAGCUAUUGUCUAUAAUUUUUGGUGUAGCAUAGGCAAGAGGAAACACAUGGAUUGAACAAAAUGAUUUUUAGUUUAGGAGUAUGAUACGAACUCAAUUAUCUUUU